AUGACUGUGCGCCACACACCGAGCUAUAUCGUCUGCCUGACGUUGAAGACUACACUCACGACGGUAUACGAAACCCAUGACCCCGUAUCCACCAUCCAAAUCACAACAACCGUCCUGGCCAUAUGCAUCUUGUCCGUCAACAACGGGCACACAUUGCCAGCCGAGCCGUCGAGGGGAGCUUACCUGGCCGACAUGCUCCACCGAUUCGACGAGCACUUGGCUACCCUCCGCCGCAAGGAGAUGCGAGACGCUGUGCAAUACCUCUCUCCCGCGGCCGUAUACAGACUCGGUUGGGUGUUGUCUCGCAUGUCCUGGUACGACAUCUAUGAUUCCUUGGGUACGACUGAGACUCUUGGCCGGGAUGCCAUGAUGUCGACAAAUCACAUCGCGCGGCGACUCCAGUGGCUGCUGGGAUGCGAUGAAUGGACGCCGCCAGGGACAGUCCAAGGGUUCCGUGUUUACUUGCAAUGGUGCAUGAGACGGACACAGCAGCACCUAGAAGACGAUCAUGGGAUAGACCCGAAAGACUGGGACUCGAAAGGAUGGCUCGGAUGCGCUCCAGAUGAGCCCGAGAGCGAAGGCAAUCAACACGUCGACCCCCCGCAGACGACUGACUCAGAGUCUACAUCGGAAGCUGUGGACGAGCAGGACCCACCAGAGCCACAAACGGGCAGUCCGACGCGAUCUAUGACCCAGCCCUUCGUUGACGCCGUGCAUAGACUCGAGGGAUCCACGGCGCAGGAGCCCGACAUCGAGAUGCAAGUCAGAGGAGCUGGUUCGAACACAACACCAGAUGCAUCCCAUGCGACGGACACCGCGCCGCCAGCUAUCAGCGGAGCCACGCCGAUGACCGCUAGGACGCUCGACGUGUCCCCGCAAGAGCAGGACGCGGCCCAGACCAGCGAGCAUCCGCAGCCACUAAAUGCCAUUGAACCGCGCGUAGACGACCUGGAUGCCUCACGCGGAGUAGCUGAGCACGGCGCGGACGCGGACGAAGGUCGUCAGGGCGCGGACGCGGACGAAGGUCGUCAGGGCGGACUCGUAGGCGCGGCCGAGCACGCGGAUGAACAUCAAGGCGGCGAUGCGCGGCCGAGUCAGGAGGGACUAGCUUCACCGGACGACACACCUACGCAACCGCCCGAGUCGCAUUUCGAGUCGGCCAGCCAGAACGCACACAGCGGCUGA